GAGCCGAGCCGUCCGCCCCAUACCGGAACCGGGAAGCAUCUACCCCGCGCUGGGAUGGCGGGUCCCUGCUGGGGCCCCCCGCGGCUGGACGGCUUCGUCCUCACCGAGCGCCUGGGCAGCGGCACGUACGCCACGGUGUACAAGGCCUACGCCAAGAAGGACACCCGCGAGGUGGUAGCCAUAAAGUGUGUGGCCAAGAAAAGUCUGAAUAAGGCGUCGGUGGAAAACCUCCUGACCGAGAUCGAAAUCCUCAAGGGCAUCCGGCACCCCCACAUUGUGCAGCUGAAAGACUUCCAGUGGGACAAUGACAAUAUCUACCUCAUCAUGGAGUACUGUGCAGGAGGUGACCUGUCUCGCUUCAUCCACACUCGAAGGAUUCUGCCUGAGAGGGUGGCUCGUGUCUUCAUGCAGCAGUUGGCUAGUGCCCUGCAGUUCCUGCAUGAGCGGAACAUCUCUCACCUGGAUCUGAAGCCACAGAACAUUCUGCUGAGCUCCUUGGAGAAGCCCCACCUGAAGCUGGCAGACUUUGGCUUUGCCCAGCACAUGUCUCCAUGCGAUGAGAAGCAUGUACUCCGAGGCUCGCCCCUCUACAUGGCUCCUGAGAUGGUGUGUCAGCGGCAGUAUGACGCCCGUGUGGACCUCUGGUCUGUGGGGGUCAUCCUGUAUGAAGCCCUCUUCGGCCAGCCCCCUUUUGCCUCCAGGUCUUUCUUAGAGCUGGAAGAGAAGAUCCGAAGCAAUAGGGUGAUUGAGCUCCCUCCUCGGCCCCCACUGUCCCGAGACUGCCGGGACCUGCUGCAUCAACUCCUGGAGCGGGACCCUGCCCGUCGCAUCUCUUUCCAGGACUUCUUUGCCCACCCAUGGGUGGACCUGGAACACAUGCCCAGUGGGGAGAGCCUGGCACAAGCGACAGCCCUGGUGGUGCAGGCUGUGCAGAAGGACCAGGAGGGGGAUGCCAAGGCUGCCUUACUACUCUACUGCAAGGCAUUGGACUUCUUCGUGCCUGCCCUGCACUAUGAAGUGGAUGCCCAGCGGAAGGAGGCAAUUAAGCUGAAGGUGGGGCAGUACGUGUCCCGCGCCGAGGAGCUCAAGGUCAUCGUGGCAUCCUCCAAUCAGGCUCUGCUGAAGCAGGGGACCUCUGCCCGGGACCUGCUCAGAGAGAUGGCCCGAGACAAGCCACGCCUCCUUGCUGCCCUGGAAGUGGCUACGGCUGCCAUGGCCAAGGAGGAGGCUGGCGGUGGUGGGGAUCAGGAUGCUCUGGACCUGUACCAGCACUGCCUGGGGGAGCUGUUGCUACUGCUGGCAGCAGAACCCCCGGGCCGGCGGCGGGAGCUGCUUCACACGGAGAUUCAGAACCUCAUGGCCCGGGCCGAGUACCUCAAGGAGCAGCUCAAGAUGAGGGAGUCUCGCUGGGACGCAGAGGGCCUGGACAGAGAGGGGCUGUCGGAGUCUGUGCGGAGCUCUUGUACCCUGCAGUGACCCCAGGACAGCUGGACAGAGCCUGGACCACCUGGAAUGCAAGGCACAUUCACCCAGGGGACACUGGGAACUUAGUGGCCCUGUGCGCCCUGGAGUUUCCUGAAUGGACACCUCCAGCCACUCUGGAGUGCUCCCCACCCCCCAGGGGUCCCACGGCCUGUGUUGUCAGCUGGGCCCUUGGCAGGUCUCUGGGAAGCGUGUCCCUUGGGAUACCCUUGCCCUUUAGUGACUGCUGAGCUCUGUGCCUGUCACUUUUGCUCUGAAAGAAGGGCAGGACCCUUUGCAGGACCCUUCAGCUCUGACCUCUCCACCAGCAGGCGGCCACUCUCUGGACCCACUCUUCUUGGACACUUACAGUGCACCUCCCUCCUUCACCAGAGUGGGCCACUCAGGGACCCCCAUUCUACAGUGUGCACUCUGCUGGGCCUCACACCCGUCCCUGCCUCAGUCCUGUAAGAUCGCCCUUCCGGCCUGAUGUCAGGUCCUUUGCAGGGCUCAGGGCCACAGUCCUCAGUCCUCAUUCCUCCCACCCCCAGCCCUCUCUGGGGGACCCCCCACGCUAGCCACAGAGCUCGGAGGCCUGAGAACUACCUGACCCCAUAUGAGACUGCAAGGGACCCAGCGCAGUUCAGGCUACUUGGUCCUAGGCCCGAUGCUGCUGCCACCCUGGGCCUGGGUCUCUGUCUCUCUCUGUGCUGGGGCCUCCGAUACCUCCACAGCCCACGCAGCUCUUUUGAAGGCAGAGUGAAAUUACCUUGGAGAGGAAUGUGCACACUGGAUGGGUUCUAGUUAAAAGGCAGAGAGGGUGUUGGUGAAGCCAAACCCUUCUGGUCUCAAAUGGCACCUUAGGGCAGUAGUCCUGUGUCCUCCCGCUGAAGGUUGGGUGUAAAUAAUGCAAUUUGUUGUUUCUCUAUUAAAUUAUUUUCGAUA